GAGCGAAGUGCGAGUAUGUUUCAAGGGCUCGUCUGCGCACUGGCAGCGUACGUUGUGGCCGGCGCCUUCCCGCUCUACUGGCGGCUUCUGGACGCUGCACCGUUCCUGCAGGUCGCUGCGCACUGCGUCGUCUGGGCCGCCACGACCCUUCUCGUGCUCCUCGUCUGCACGGGCCAGUGGCGGGAUUUCUGGACGCUGGGCCUCACGCGCAAGAACGUCCUAGUGUACUCGCUUGCCGGUGCCUUGCUUGGCUUCAACUACGUCGUCAUGAUCUACGGCACAGCGACCCGAAACGUGCUCGCGCUCAGCGCCGGUCUCUUCCUCUCGCCCUUCAUGGACGCCAUCCUCGCCCGCGCCAUCCUCGGCGAGCCCGUUUCGUGGCGACAGUACGCCUCGAUCGCGUGCUCGCUUGUCGGCCUCAGUCUUGUCGGCGUCGGCAGCGCGUCGACCCCAAUCUUAGCUCUCGUAUUGCCCGUGACCACCGGCAUAUACAACAUCCUCAAGCCCAUGGCGCCGCUCGAGAUGCUGCACGGCUACGCGCUCGAAGCGCUCCUCGUGCUGCCCAUCGCCGCCGCGUACAUCAUUACCGAGUCGGUGCGCGGGUCGAGCGUCUUUGUCACCGGCGGCCCGAGCGUCAGCUGUCUCCUCGUCGGCGCCGGGCUCCUCUCGGUGGUGCCUCUGCUCUUGCUCACCCGUGCCGCCAUGCUCUUACCGACCGUCUCGUUCAGCGCGCUCCAGUACAUCGCGCCCAUCGUCCAGCUGUGCCUCGCCAUAUUCUACUUCAAGGAACCUCUGGCGUGGCUCGAGCUGGUUGGCUGUGGCAUCAUCAUGCUGGCGGCCGUCGCUUUUACCUACGAGAGCGUUCGCGAGACGAACAAGGCCAACGAUCUCCUGCCGGUGCUCUACACCAUCUACUUGUAUGGCAGCCCCGUACAGUCGAGCUUGGGGUAUUGCGACCGGCCGUCGUUCGAGGUCUAGUGCAAUGUUAAAAUUGGUGAAUCGGUUGUCGUCUUUGGGUAUUGUGACCGUUCAAAGUGUAGUGCAACGUUAAAAUUGGUGAACCGGUUGUCGUCUUGGG